CCCAUUAGUUAGAAUCUGUUCAGAAAGCAGUAUCUAUAUAGAUGUGAUGUACUGGUAUUUUGAUCCAUUGUGCGACCCAUACUUCACCUAUCUGGAUUAUUUAGCUCGAGCUAUUUGCAGAAUCUUAUACUUCAGUAAGUACAAGAACAUUAAUUUUUGGAGUAGUAGAGUAUAUGUAGCUAUAUAGAGUUAGUCAUGAUCGGAUUCCAGUAUGUUAUGUAGGUUCGGCAUAUCAUAAAUACUGAAGCAUAAAAUCAGUACCAUUUCUUUGAAUCUGCCUGUAGUUAUUCAAUCUGGUUUGGUUUUUCUUAUUUACUAUCUUAUGCCGUCCUUCUCAUAUUUUCUAUUUGUAAUAUGAAAUGAUUCCUAUUUGUGGUCUGGAGCCUGGUUGUGUUUGAACAUAGUCGGUUAGAAUGAUAUAGUUGUUUUUUCAAGUUGGUUAUGUUAAUUUUUACAGUAUAGUGAUUAUUUAUUAGUUCACACAGUACAUACUACCACCAGCCGCUAACCACAUUUUUUACAGAUUUUGCAGGGAUGUAGAUAUAUAUGGUGAUGUUUCUCUACGAUCUAAGUGUUUCAGUUCAUAUUUAGCAGGAUCACAUGUUGAACAAUGACUCUUUGCUAUGGACACCACCACUCCCAAGUACUCGAAGGCUCGUUAUGAAGAAAUUGUUAAGGAGGUCUCUUCGUACCUGAAGAAGGUCGGCUACAACCCUGACAAGGUUCCCUUCGUCCCCAUCUCUGGGUUUGAGGGUGACAACAUGAUUGAGAGGUCCACCAACCUUGACUGGUACAAGGGCCCAACCCUGCUUGAGGCGCUUGACCAGAUCAACGAGCCCAAGAGGCCCUCAGAUAAGCCCCUCCGUCUUCCCCUCCAGGACGUUUACAAGAUUGGUGGCAUUGGAACUGUGCCUGUUGGCCGUGUUGAGACUGGUGUCAUCAAGCCUGGUAUGGUUGUCACCUUUGGUCCCACUGGUCUGACAACUGAGGUCAAGUCCGUUGAGAUGCACCACACAUCGUUCCCUCUUUUAUUCUUCUCAGGCAACGAGGGACAGGUGGAUGUCGUGCUGUCAUGUGGAAGGCAGCAUGUGCUAAUUCAUAUGUGGAGUUGGUGUUGAGCCUGGCGGUAGUAGACACGAAAGGUGCCCAUCGCUUGAUCUUGAGAGCAGGAACGAGGGAGGAGGUGCGGCGCUGUCGAGGGAGGAGAACGAGGCGGAGUGGGCACAGGGCUGGCGGCUAGGGAGGGGAUUGGCAAAUCCCUCGGGGAAACGAACAAAGUUCACCCAGCCAACGAGCGUGCGAGACGAGCCCACCCGUCAUUGGCCAACGGAAACAACCGUGGGGUGAAAAUCGACAUAUAUCUCAAGCUUACAAACUAUGGUUCAUAUUUUAGAGAAAAAAUGGUGCACACCGGCGUUAUCAAGUAUGUCUGAGACUACAUGUAUUGAUUUAUAAACACAUGCAUGUAUUUGCAACCUUAUAAAGUGAAAUAGCUGAGGUACUGGAUCAUUUCCUUUUAGUUUGUCAUGUUUUGUUGAAGAAUAGCUUCUGUAUUGUUUGCUUGCAGAACUUUGAUAGAGGAAAAGUUAUUAUGAGUGAAAUUUUGGACAAAAAGACCUAGAAAGGUCAAAGAAGUACACUGAGAUGUUGCAAGUUUCA